AAGCCAGCCUUGCUCGCCACUACUUAGUCGGCGGGGAAAGCUGGGUGAGGCGAGGGGUAAUGAGCGGCAUCAAACGUCGCAGAGUGAGGCAGAGAAAAAAGGCCAGGCCUGGCUCCUGAGGAGCUUUUUCUUUUUUGCCUUCCUCCUCCUGUAGCACUCGGGAGCGUGAUGUCAGCGCCGGCUGCGCUGUUGUAAUGGACUUGGUGGGGGUGAUGGCGUCAUUUUCUGCCCUAGCGUAGCCUACCUGCUCUCGAUAGCGAAAGGGGAGACGGGAGCUUUGGCCCGACGCGACCGUGGCUCCCUUGGCCGGGACCGAGUACCGCGGAGCCGGACAGAUCAGCCCGGGAAACAUGGAGGCUGCGGACGGGGAGCUGCGGGCCGGCUCUCGGGUACCUGUCACUAUCGAUCAUGUUGUUAACGACACGCUGGUGGUGACGCUGACCUACCGAGAGAGGAGCUACACGGGGAUAUUACUCGAUUCCGGCAAAAAGACCGGGCUCUUCUGUCUGCCGGACUUUACGGCCGAACACGAGAACCAGCCCGUCACCAAGCCAGCCUGUGAACUCCCGGAGCUGCUGAACGAGGAGCCCGUGUCCCCCGGCGAGGCCCCACCCAGACCAAAGGAUGAAAACUCGCUUCCUGAAAGCGGCGAGCCCGCCGCGCCCCCGCCCUGCCCCGUGCCCACCCCGGUGCCGGCCGGGCAGACUCCGUUUCCUCCUUAUUUUGAAGGAGCCCCGUUCCCCCAGCCCCUAUGGGUGCGCCACACCUACAGCCAGUGGGUGCCGCAGCCCCCUCCGCGACCAAUGAAGCGGAAGAAGAGGCGGUCGCGGGAGCCCGGCCGGAUGACCAUCAGCACCAUCCGCCUGCGGCCGCGGCAGGUGCUGUGCGAGAAGUGCAAGAACACGCUCAACAGCGACGAGGACAGCAAAGACGGCAUCGGCAACACUAAGACGUCCAGGAAGGAAAAUACGCUGCAGAGCGACGACGACGGGGAUUAUAAGGACGGCACGGGCAAGCUGUCGAGAAAGGAGGACCUCGUCGCCGCGAAGGACGCCAAAAGACGAGAGAACGGCCCCGGAGUCGACGCCAAGCGCUUCCGGAAGGACAAGAGGGGCGAGGGCGUGGAGAAAUGCCCCGCGGGCGACGUCAUCCCUCACAGCCCCGUCAUCAAGAUCUCCUACAGCACGCCGCAGGGCAAGGGGGAGGUCAUGAAGAUCCCGUCCCGAGUCCACGGCUCGAUCAAGCCCUUCUGCCCAAAGCAGCUGGUGCAGAACGGCAAGAGGUCCGCGGACGCCGCCAAGGAGCAGCGGCACAUCCUGGACGCCACCCGCUCCGGCCUCACCGUGUCUAUUCCAAAACUGAAACUGACCCGGCCCUUCGCCACGGUCAGCCAAGGCUCGUCCUGUCCAAAGAUCCGGUUGAGGCCCCCGCAGAGCCAGGGAGAGGAGACCAUGAUGGAGUACGAGGCGGAGUUGGUGGGCGGCGGCAGGAGGCGGAGCCCCAGGGGGCCCGGAUCCUGCCUCCCGCACUCCGAGGACUCGGGCGAGGGGAAGAACUCGCUGGAGCUGUGGUCGGGGAGCUCCGGGGAGGAGGCGGACCGCGGCCACGGCGACCUCACCCUCCUCAUCAACUUCCGCAAGCGCAAGGCGGACUCGUCCAGCCUGUCGGUGUGCAGCAGCGACAGCCUGGACGAGUCCAAGUCGUUCAGCUCCGAGGGGACGUCGCCGGAGACGUGCGACCUGGCGCCGGGCGAGGACCUGUCCGUCACCUCGUCGUCCGCCACGCCGCGGGACUGCAAGACGGUGCCGCCGCUCACGGUGCGCCUCCACACGCGCAGCAUGACGAAGUGCGUGACGGAGGAGGGCCACGCCGUGGCGGUGGGGGACAUCGUGUGGGGGAAGAUCCACGGCUUCCCCUGGUGGCCGGCGCGCGUGCUCAGCAUCAGCGGCACGCGGAAGCAGGAGUCGGACGGCUGCGAGGCGCAGUGGCCCCAGGCCAAGGUGGCGUGGUUCGGCUCGCCCACCACCUCCCAGCUGUCCGUGGCCAAGCUGUCGCCCUUCAGGGAGCUCUUCAGGUCCCGCUUCAACCGCAAGAAGAAAGGGAUGUACCGCAGAGCCAUCCUGGAGGCGGCCAAGGCCGUGGGCCACGUGGGGCCGGAGAUCACGUCACUGCUUACCCACUGCGACACGUAGAGGCUGAGGACCAAACAGACGUCUCCGAGGUUUUUUUUCUGGACUCCCAGACUCCGUCGCCACGGCCCAGGAGGGGAGUAUGCGCCGCGUCCACGGCUAAUAUUUAUAAUUUUUAUUUUUUUUUCUUAUUGUUUUUCACAAGGCUGGUGGAAGAUGGAUUAUUAUUAUUGUGGAGACUGGAUAAGGGAGCAAAAAAAAAAAAAAAAUGAAUAAAAAGGCUCAGGCUCUCGUGAUCCUCUUUGAACUCCUGAACUUUUUGUUAUUUUCUAGGUUAAUCAUAUUUCUAUAGAGCCUGAUAACAACACUACAUGGACCCAAAUGUAUUUAUUCUCCCCAAUCGUUUUUUUUUUUUUGUUUUUUUUUUUGGGAAAUCCCUCUAGUUUGCUGCUGUCACUGCGAAGGUCCGACCUGUCCAGCCCUCUCUGCCACGUCUGAAAGUCUUACUCUGAAGCCUCUCCGCUUUAGAAAAUGUGAACGCUCCAUCCGGAGACGACGUACCGAACUCUGUCCGCCUCCAGAGUCACGCCGCGUCUGUUUCUCAUUUCAUUUCAGACAACUCUACCCCUCCCGAUAUCCUGAAACGCAUUUCUACGUUUAAUUAUUUAAAGUGACGCAUUUUAAGGAGGACAAAAAAAAAGAAAAGAAAAAGAAGCACUUUAUCUGUACCUUGGUGGCCUGCUGUUAGCACACUGUCUGAAACACUAUUGAGAGCGACAGCCUCGAUAGGCAGCAGAGGAGUUCAGAAGUCUUUGUGGUUGACGAUUUAUGGCCUUGGAGAUACAAAACUAGAAUCCUUUUUAUUUUAUUUUAGAGAUUAUUUUAAAGUUUGAUCCAUGGGGAAACCAGACAAUUUCUUUCUUUUUUUUUAACGCUGUGUUCUUGCAUCCUGGUUUCACGACGCGACUAAAACGAAUCCUGACAUUUCCACUGGAGACUUGGUGAACCCCACCGCCCCCCCUCCUUACCACCAUGCGUCAUCAGUUAAAGCUUUACGAGUUAAAAUAAUAAAAAAUAAUUCCAUGCUGUAAGAAUACUGUGAAUUCAGCUGCUGUUGUCUCAUCUUCAGUUGUCUUUUCAAGUUUUUUUCUUUUUCCCCCUCUCUCUUUUUUCCUCAUAGAAAUCUUCCCACUGCUGCUGCACACGCUCCAGAAAUUUGUCCUUUCACCAGAAGGUCUAGGGUAGCAUAGGUAAACUUUUCCGCAGCUCAGCUCUCUGCUUUUCCUCUUUUUUUUUUUUUUUUUU